AUGAAAUUUCUAAAAGUGACAUUAAGGUUCCCGUUUGUUAACGCAUCUAAAAUGGAAUUUGAGCAAAUUCUCUCUGAACUUGCACAAUUCAAUACAUUUUUCAAAGGGGAUGUAGAAAUACCAAUCAAAAAAUAUACAAUUACAAGACAAAUUAAUCAAUCUAUGCCACCAGAAACACAAGAACAAAAUUCAUCACCUCAGACACAAAAUACAACUACUCCUGCUCCUAGAACAUCAUCUGCAUCGAAAGAUGAUGUUAAAAAGAUUAAAGAUAAAUAUGUCAUCUCUUCAAAAUGCAAAUGUUUCUUUAUCAGCGUAAAACUCGAAGGAAGUCCCAAAGGUUCACGCAAUUUACUAUUCUAUGCACCACCAUAUUGUGCUUUAAUGGAUGAAUCAAUCCCAGAACUUGAAGUUUUACCAUCAAAUACCGAAUUUACUUUUGAAGAUCGCUAUAUCACAGUUACAACAUCAUUUUCCGAAAGAAGAUUCUCUAUCAAAUCGAAACUUGACAUUUUUAAGAAUAUAAUUCAAACAGAUUUUAAUUCCGCAUCGGUACCAUUUUUAUUAUCGAUUUUGGGAUGCGACAGAAGAUUGUCUGUUAACACAAUGGCCGAAACAUUCGUUUACAAUACACUUUACAAUGAUAAUUUCUUACUUUCAUUUUAUUUCCUUCCUGCUGAGCUGAAUAGCACUCCAGAAGUAAUUGAAAACUGGGUUAAAGCAUCUAUGCCGAUGAUUGACUCGCUAAUGGCACAGCUUUACCAUAUAUUUAUUAAUGAUAAAGAUAUUACAAGGAUAAAGAACCCAACACGCCUCUUCCCCUUCUUAGUGACCAAACAGAUUUUAUCAAUGGACGAGUAUUUCAUGCAAUUUGUCACAUUUUUAUCAGGAACAACGAUAGAUCUUUGCAACACGUUCCUCAGAGGCCUAGAACAAGUUACAUUCAAUGCAAGGACACUCAUGAUACUCCAUAUUAUUUAUUACGAGACAAGUCUCAAAUAUCCAGAUUCACAAUUCCCUCUAAAGAUGGUUAGCAUUGCUUUGUUCAAUGCUUCGAUACAUCCUCUUGCUCUUGAGAAGAAUCCUGUAUUUAGUAUUGAAGAAUUGAAGUAUUUGCUGGAAUUCCAACAAACGGCCAUUGCUCUUGACAAUUUGAAGAAGUACGAAAAGAUUUUGAGCCAAUACAAGAAACAACCAAGGGAUUACGAACCAGCAAGAAGAGGUGCAACUUCUACUGAUGCAUUUGAGUACAUUUUAGGUGUCGCAGAGAAGAAUGUGUCACAGUUCUUGAAUGUUUCAAGAAUCAUGGAAAAAAUCAAUUAUGUUUAA